AUGGCUCAGUCCAAGCCUGCCAUUUCGCCCUGGGGAGGCGCCGUCGCCGGCGCAACGGGAGCCGUCAUCGCAAACGCCCUGGUAUAUCCUCUCGACAUCGUAAAGACUCGCCUGCAAGUCCAGGUGCGCUCCUCCAGCGACAGCAAGACCGAGAGCCCAGGCGGCGGCGGCGGCGGCGCCGAACACUACACCUCGACAUGGAACGCCAUCUCGCGCAUCGUGGCCGAGGAAGGCAUCCAGGGCCUCUACGCCGGCAUGAACGGCUCCCUCGUGGGCGUCGCGUCCACCAACUUUGCCUACUUCUACUGGUACACCGUCGCCAGGACCCUCUACACAAAGUCCGCCGGCCCCUCCGCGCCGCCGCCCUCGACGGCCGUCGAGCUCUCGCUGGGCGCCGCCGCCGGCGCGCUGGCGCAGCUCUUCACCAUCCCCGUCGCCGUCGUCACGACGCGCCAGCAGACCGCCUCCAAGGCGGAUAGGAAGGGCCUCCUCGCGACGGCCCAGGAAGUCAUCGAGGGCCCGGACGGCGUCAGCGGACUUUGGAGGGGCCUCAAGGCCAGUCUUGUUCUCGUCGUGAACCCGGCCAUCACAUACGGUGCCUACGAGCGACUAAAGACCAUCUUCUUCCCUGGAAAGUCGAAGCUGCAGCCCUGGGAGGCGUUCCUUCUGGGCGCCAUGUCCAAGGCCCUAGCAACCAUAGCCACACAGCCCCUGAUUGUUGCCAAAGUCGGCCUGCAGUCAAAGCCGCCUCCGGCACGGAACGGAAAGCCAUUCAGCAGCUUCAUCGAGGUGAUGCGAUUCAUCAUCCAGCAUGAAGGUGUCCGUGGCCUCUUCAAGGGGAUGGGACCUCAGAUCUUGAAGGGUUUGCUCGUCCAGGGCAUCUUAAUGAUGACAAAAGAAAAGUAA